UGUGUUGUACACGGACAUUUUAGAGGACGGAUCCGGAAGUAGUGUCUGUGUGCGCUGUGUUUCUAUGUUUUGAGUUCAGGUGGUGUAGGCCAAAAUGGCAUUUUCUAUUGGUAUCGAAGCACUCGUACAGUCCGUGAUAUUAGAGGACACAUUAUAUAAAGACGAAGGUCUCUGUGUACUCGGUAUAUUCGGUAAAAGCGCGAUGCAAAUGGGGGUCCUUAAAGAAUCCCUGAUAAACACGCUAGCAGACAAACACAUCUUCUCUCUGUUCGGAGGAGUCGAGGAGAAUAACUCGGAGAACGGAAGCCUCAUCCAGGCUGUCUACAGCCAGGAGAACCGGGUGUUGUAUCUGGUGCUCACUUCAGUCUACGACAACCGACAACUCCUCCGUGCAUGCGAGACUCUCAGCAUGGAGCUCGGGCACUCCGACGCCCAGGACCUCUGGAAGGGCAUGGAUAAACAGCACUGUCUGCACCUCCUCUACCUGUUCUCCCUCUGCCAUGUCCUCAUCCUGGUCCAGCCCAACUGCGCCUUCGACGUCACUUAUGACCGGCUGUUCCGCGCCCUGGACGCUCUGCGGCAGAAGGUCCUCCCGCUGAUCCGGGCUGCUGUCAAAGACACCCAGGUCUCCAAGGAGUGGAAGCUCAACUGUCGCCCUUGCCCCCCUCGGCUGCUGUUUGUGUUUCAGAUUAACGGAGCGUUAAAAGUGCCGACGGGAACUGAUUCGGCAGGAACCUCAGACAAGCCCAAAAAACAUUCUCCGAGGAGGCGGCUCCAGCACGCCUUGGAGGACCAAAUUUAUCGCAUUUUCCGCAAAAGCCGGGUCCUCACUAAUCAGAGCAGCAACUGUUUGUUCAGCGUACCCGCCAACCAAGCGUUUGUGUACGUGGUCCCGGGGCCAGCUGAAGACCCGUUGGGUGCGUUGCUUGGACACCUGCGAUCCAGCUGCGCCUUGCGUGAACAAGAUUCAAACUCCUCACUGACGGGACCCAGACGGUACCAACAGAUCCGUCGGUUGGCCAGACUGCCCCACACUAAUGUCGACUACAGCGGGGUAAGUGGGCAGCUGGUGGACUGCAGUUUGAAAGAUUUCCUCUGGCAGCACAUAGAUCUAGUAUUAACUAAAAAAGGUUUUGACGACAGUGUUGGACGCAACCCACAGCCUUCGCACUUUGAGCUCCCGACCUACGCCAAGUGGGUCCAGGUGGCGUGCAAACUGCACCAGGUUCUCAUACACAACACGGAGGAGGACAGCGCAGAAUUUGCUCUCAAAGUGCAAAGCCAGCUGAAAGUUUUGGAAGGCUUCCUCGAUGCGGAUGCAAAGUUUUCUGAGAACCGCUGCCAGAAAGCCCUGCCGCUGGCCCACAGCGCCUACCAGUCUAACCUGCCGCACAACUACACAACCACGGUCCACAAGAACCAACUGGCCCAGGCACUGCGCGUCUACAGCCAACACGCCCGAGGCGUCGCCUUCCAGCGCUACGCCCUGCAGCUCCACGAGGACUGCUACAAGUUCUGGAGCAACGGGCACCAGCUGUGUGAAGAGCGAAGUCUCACGGACCAACAUUGUGUUCACAAGUUCCACCUGCUGCCACAGCCAGGUGAGAAGCCCGACAUGGACCACAACCCCCCGGUCCUCCACCACAACAGCCGGGGGCGCUCCACCAACGCCUGCAACUGUGGCCGGAAGCAAGCGCCCCGAGAGGACCCGUUUGAUAUCCAGUCCGCCAACUAUGACUUCUUUCUGAUGGUGGAGGACAAGUGCUGCGCCAAGCUGGAGCGGGUGGACUUCCCCGUCUUUGAGCCCAGCACUCAGGACCCCGCGCCGGCCCCCGCCUCCGCCUGCGUGGAGGCGCCGUGCCCCGGGUCCGACGGCUCCGCGCCGCCCAGCCAGGGGGAGAAGCUGAAGGACCCGCAGCCGGCCACGGCCGCCUCCGGCAGCGCGGCCCACAGCCACACCCCCGUAGACUGCACCGGCCUGAGCCUGGCGCUCAGCCUGGGGCAGUCCACGGACAGCAUGGGGCCGUACGGGGAGGCGGACGGGAGCGACGUCUCCGCCAAGAGGCCCAGCCUGGUGGACCGGCAGCCCUCCACCGUGGAGUACCUCCCGGGGAUGCUCCACACGGGCUGCCCCAAGGGGCUCCUCCCCAAGUUCUCCAGCUGGUCCCUGGUCAAGCUGGGGCCGGCCAAGUCGUACAACUGCCACACGGGCCUGGAGCAGCCGGGCUUCCUGCCCGGCUCCUCCUUCCUGCUGCCGUGGGACCUGGUGAUUCGCUCCCGGAGCUCCGAAGAGGACACCGGAUUGGCCGAGCCGCUGGACGGAGGCGGGUCGUCGUGGCCCGCCCCCAACAAGUCGCUGGUGGGGAAGCGCGGGUGCACGGGGGGCCUGGGGAGGGGCCGGCGACGGGACGACGUGGCCAGGGCCUUUGUUGGCUUUGAGUACGAGGACAGCAGGGGUCGCCGAUUUCUCAGCUCGGGGCCCGACAAGAUCGUGAAGGUACUGGGGCCCGGGGGCGCCAAGGAGCCGGCCAGCCGGGUCCUCAACACAGACAUGCCCCUCUACGUGCCCUCGCCGGCUCAGGGGCGGGGCCUCAAGCCUCAUUACGCCCAGCUGAUGCGCCUUUACAUCUUGGUUCCCGACGCUCCCCUAGAGAUCACUCUGAACCCACAGGUCCAGCCCGGCGCCCUCCCGUGUCCCGUCUUCCACCCCGAGAGGACGGAGCUGGUGCUGCCGGCGGACGGCCUGUGGGUGCUGCGCUUCCCCUACUCCUACCAGACGGAGCGGGGCCCCUGCUACCCGCCCAAGGAGAACCAGCCCCUCUCUGCCUACAAGGUGCUGCGAGGGAUCCUGCGGGCCGCCACCGUCAGCCCUCCUCCACCCCAGCUCCUCAACUGCUGAGGCGCGCCCCCCCCCCCCAUUUUUUGCAUCUCAAAUCAUGCUGUUAAACAGGAUCAUGAACUACAAAACAGUCGGAAGGCCACUCUAUCCAAUUGUAUUAUGAACAACAACAACAACAAGUUCAUCACUUGUGGACGUCACCAAUUUUUCACAAUCAGCUGUGUGUAUGAGCAAAUAUAUAUUACAUCUUUGGUCCACAAUCCUGUUUUUAGAUGUUUCUACUUCAAGAAAGUGUUUUCUUUAGUAUUGCACGUUCUAUGGUAACUGCGCAAUUAUCGCGAUAGUGACGUGCAGGGCCUCGACAACGUCAAACAUGUUGGCCACCAGGUGGGGAUAUUGUUAUUGAAAUGGUCAAAGUCAGAGGAGAAGAGAUUAAUAUCCAGAUUAGGGGUUUUGGUAACAACCAUCUGGCUCUGUUGUACCUAGAUCCUCAGCUACAGUAAUAUUUCUUUGUCUUCAACAAUACUGAUAUUCUUCUUGAAAUUAUAUUCCCAUGAUUAUAUCGAGCUAAAUUUUGUAAACAAAUUAUUGCUAAAUAAGAAAUUUACGUUAACUAUUAAGAAAACAUUCAUUUACCGAUUUGGUCUUUCAAAUGAUAAAACCAUUCCAAAGGUUUCGAUCCCUUGAUUGACCGAAAAUAAAGUCAUUUUGCGUUCAAUUCC